GCACCCAAAAAACUUUUGUAACUUCUGUAUAACUGUCACUCAGCAACUAUAACCUACUUUCUGAUGGCACCUCAGGCAGACCUUACUAAGAUUGCCUUGGAAGGCUUUGGCUUUGUGGAUCAAGUGUUUGGACGAAAGGGAAGGCUUCCUGCUCCACAGAGGCCACCACCACAAGGAGCUCAAAGAGACUGUCAGUAUCAAUAUCAACCACAACCACCCUAUUCAGUUGUUUAUCAGAAGGAAGACUUCAGUAAUACACUGGAGAAAAGCUUUCAACGAAGGGACUCAUCGGAGAGAUAUUAUCAGCAUCAAACAAACGAACCAUGUCAUGUUUUUGUUAAGCCUCAAGCCUCGAUAGCAAAUGAGAAGGUUAACUAUUAUCAGCAUAGGCAGCCACGAGAGGCCUAUGCUUUGGUUCAUCAUCAAGUUCAAGCCCCAGUUUCAGCACCAAAGGAGACGGUUAUGGACUGCUCUGAGGCAGCCAAAAGGUUUGGGGGGUUUCUGGUUACGGAUUAUCGUUGAAGAGAAAACCAAAUCCUAUGGCUUAUUAGCUCUUUUAUAUAUGUCAUAUGCAGAGUGCAGAUUUCAACAUGCCAUGCACUCUUAUGUAGUUAUGUUGGAUAUAUAUAUAUAUAUAUAUAUAUAGUAUGAAGGAGAAGUUAUUUGUAACACCGAGUUUCUUCUGCUAGUGCCAGGCUUGUA